GUGCGCAAGGUGGCUCUCCAUCGAUGUGCGCCCGCGCCGUGUGCGUGUACGAAUAUGACGAGCCUCAGGGAUGUGUCACUUUUUUGGCUCUAGUGCAAUACAUAAUAAUUAUCCAUUUUUCGUUAUAAUGUAACAUAUAUUUAUGGGAUCGUUUGAAAGUUUUAGGCGAAUGAAGGCGUUAGAUUGAUUGUUACUCGAGGAAAAUUGAUUUAUAGGAAGAGCCUUAAGAAAAUUUAAACCAAACAUGGAUGUACUUAAUAAGCUAAGAAACACUGUGAGCAAUACGCUGAGCAACACCGUCAGUAGUACGGCUCACAGUCUCUCACAACUGUCCAGCGUAUUGCCUGGUAAUCCUGUAACCAGAGAGUUUGAAGCAACUGCACACAUAUGCAACGCAGGUCCUGGUUUAUUGUGGAAAGUUUAUAGUGGUUUCAAGAAAUCAACAAAGCAAAAGGCUGCGAUAUUUGUAUUUGAAAAGCGUUUACUAGAACAGUGGCCAGAGAAAGCAGUCAGAGAUAAUGUAGUUGAAACGCUUAAGAAAGGUGUGGUUCAGUUGACUAAGCUCAGGCAUCCACAGAUAUUGACUGUACAGCAUCCUCUGGAAGAAUCCAGGGACAGUUUAGCUUUUGCCACUGAACCAGUUUUUGCAAGUCUAGCAAAUAUUUUAGGAUCUGUAGAUAAUUUACCACAAUCGGCUCAGGCUACUUUAAGAGACUACAAGAUUUUAGAUCUAGAGAUGAAGUUUGGAUUGUAUCAGUUGGGAGAAAGUUUAGCUUUUUUACAUAAUGAUGUGAAGAUGUUGCAUAGGAAUCUUUGUCCAGAAUCAAUUGUUGUUAAUGACCAUGGGGAUUGGAAAAUAUUUGGGUUUGAUUUUUGUGCUACUAAUCAAACACCAGAAGACAAGCCAAGCUGGUUAUGUUUAGAUCACAAUUCUAUUCCAAGCACCGUAAGAACUUCUAUUCAUUAUCAAGCACCCGAAUGCAUCAAAGCAACUACAAUAGGUCCACCAAGCGAUAUAUUUUCUCUUGGUAUAUUGAUCUGCUUUUGCCAUGCACCCAGUAAUCCUCUUUGGAACACUCGAAAAGAUUUUUCAAACUACAAACGUUAUCUAGAGGAGUUAAAAAAUUUGGUUUGCUCUGCAAGGAGUUUUGAUUUACCAGAAUCAUUAAAAGAUACAGUUAAACUUAUGCUUCAUGGUGAUCCUGAUUUAAGACCUGAUGCGUAUCAAUUUAUUAAGAUCGACUAUUUUAACGAUAUCGGAGUCAAGACGUUAAUUUAUUUGGACAAGCUGUUUCAAUGGGACAAUCUACAGAAAUCUCAGUUUUAUAAAGGUCUACCUCAAAUUCUAAAACAAUUUCCACGUCGAGCUAUCCUGCAAAAAGUUCUCCCCGCUCUUCAAAAAGAGUUUGUAAAUGCUCCAAUGAUUCCAUUUCUUCUUCCAAGCAUUCUUCAAGUUAUGGAAGAUUGUACAACUGAGGAAUUCAAUGAACGCGUUCUUCCAAUGUUAAAACAAAUACUUGUCAUUGAAGAGCCACCACAGAUCAGUUUGCUUUUAUUGCAAAGAAUAGAAUUACUGCUAAAGUGGUGUUCUCCCGACAUAGUUAAAAACUUUGUAGUGCCAAUGAUGACUAGAGCUCUUGAUUCAAAGUUGGAGCAACUUCAAGAACACUGUCUGUUGGCGUUGCCGUCCAUCGUAACCACAGUAGAUAGCGCAUGUAUGAAAAAUUCUGUUAUCCCCAGAAUGAAGAAAAUAUGCCUGGCUGGCAAAAAUGGAAAUCACAGCUUAGGCGUGCGCGUUAACUGCCUACUGUGUCUAUCGAAAAUUAUAGAAAAUCUCGAUCCCUGGGUCGUAAGGGAAGAAGUCCUACCGUUCCUACAGCAGAUACCUUGCUCAGGCGAGCCUGCCAUUCUUAUGGCAAUGAUAGGUAUUUUUAAGCUGAUUCUUACAAAUAGUAAAUUAGGUAUAAGUAAAGAUAUUUUAGCAACAAAAGUGUUGCCAUUUUUGUUACCACUUUGCGUAGAGCAAAGUUUUAGUCCAAAACAAUAUGAGAUAUUAGUAUCUCUAGUAAAUGAUAUGAUUAACCAAGUAACCAUGGAACACAGAGAAGCUUUGCAGCAAUUGCAAAAAACGCGGCAAUUCCAUGAAAAUAUGUCUGAUACGUUAAACAGCAUGACAUCGCCUACUAAUAAUCCUCUUGGAAAUUUAGCUUCAUCGCCCACUAAUGCUCUGGGAAUGUUUGAAUCUAAUUCGUUUCCCACUCCACCUCCAAGCAAACCGCAAACUCCUCAAUCUCGGCCACUGAGUUUGGAUGAGAAGCAUAGGUUGGCAAAACAAGAAGAAAUGGGCAAUAAGAUGAAGAAUCAAAGCCCUCUGAUGCCAAGUAUCACAUCACCAACGACGGCCAAAUCACGACCCAAAGAUCUGACGGACACACUGUUAGCCAACAACCUUAAUCAACUAAACUGGUCGACCAACAAGACAAGCUUACCGAGCACCACCACUCCGAAUUACAUGCCCUCAAGCAACUUUUCACCGAGCGCUAACUCGCCACAGCAGGCGUUCGGAAAUCGAAUGCCAUCGUCCACGAUGAGCUGGAACCAGACAGUGCCUCAAAAUUUUAACGCAAGUCAGAUGCAGUUGAGCAGAUCUAAUAUGGGCUGGACGUCGCCCUCGAUGAUGCUACCGACGAAUUCGAUGAUGAUGAAUUCGAAUUCUCAGAGUCAGAGUGCACCGAAGCUAUCGUCCGAGGAGAUAAUGGACUUUUUAAAAUGAGCUGUGCUCAGGGCUGUUAUGGCCGGAUUUGUUUAACGGGACUGACGUGUCAUGAUAAGUAUGGCGUAAUUCCAUAUAGGUAUAUAACGAUUGUGUGCAAAAUUAAUUUUAUUCAAUUAUUGUGAUGUUAUCAGACUUACGUGAAAUUUACAAAAAAAUUCCUCUAAAACUGUAAAGUUUCAUUUAAUUUAUGUUUUAUUGAAACAUUAAACAAAAUUCCAUGUAAUAAUAUUAUAACAAAUGUGAUUUUGUUAAAUUAGAAACAAUCAAGGAUCUCACGAUUUAUUUAUGCAAUAUCUUCGACGUUAUAUAAUUCGAUAACAAUUUGUGUAUAUUUUCUCCAUCAAAACCAAAUAUGUAUUAUAGAGUUUACGGGAUUUCAAUUUUUUAUGCUAGUGGUAUAGAAACAAUGUUUUGUACACUAGUUUGAAGUGGUUACAGAGGGUGUUUUCAAUGAAAUUUUCUAAGAAAGUAA